AACAAAUUAGUGUAACAAAGGAAAAAUACGGAACUUGUUCAAAAGUGGUGCAACAGAACCUCAUCCACAAAUCUCCAUUUUACUUCACUUCACACGUAACAGAAAAGCACUACUUGCUCGUAGGAGGCCCUGCUGCCACAGAUGGCUGCUCGUGUUUCUCCGAAUUUGGUCAGUGGUCAGAGAUUCUCUCCUAUUGGUAAUUUCAAACACUCUUCUCAGAUUCUCUACAAAUCCCCUAGGCCAUUUCUACUCAGACCGCGAAGACUGCCAUCGAUUGCGUGCCAAGCCGACCCUACUCCCUCAGAUUCUGCUCCUGUAACGGAGAAGCCACCUGCUGAAACUAAUUCAGUCAAUGAGGAAUCAGGCCAAGUUGUGACUUCUUCCACUGAUGCUAGCCUUCCUGAACUUCCAACCAAAGAAGUGAACAAGAGAAUAGCUGUGUUAUCCACUGCUGCAGCAUUAGGGCUUUUCUUAUCAGCACGUUUAGAUUUUGGCGUUUCAUUAAGAGACCUCACUGCCAUGGCACUACCUUAUGAAGAGGCUUUAUCAAAUGGAAAACCAACAGUUGUGGAGUUCUAUGCGGAUUGGUGUGAAGUAUGUAGGGAACUAGCACCAGAGGUAUACAAAGUUGAGCAACAGUACAGGGAUCGUGUUAACUUUGUGAUGCUGAAUGUUGACAACACCAAGUGGGAGCAGGAGAUUGAUGAAUUUGGUGUUGAGGGCAUCCCACAUUUUGCAUUCUUGGACAAGGAUGGCAAUGAGGAGGGGAAUGUGGUCGGAAGGCUUCCUGGCCAAUACUUGGUGGAAAAUGUUGACGCUCUAGCACGUGGUAGAGAAUCUAUUCCUCAUGCUCGUGUUGUUGGGCAGUAUUCAAAUGCAGAGGCUAGAAGGGUUCACCAAGUUGCUGAUCCUAGAAGUCACGGAUAAAUUUUGCCAUUAUGAAUAUUAUUGAUAUUGUACUAUAUCAUUGUACAUCCAUGAGGUACUAUUAUACAAAUAUUGUAGAUUAUACAUCCGCUAGUUCCAUUAAAUGUUUAUAUGGGAUCUGUAAAAAUUUGCAUUUGCAAGAUAGUUGUAUUUUAUUAACACUUCCUCUCUACAGAAGUAAACUUGGUUAAAAAUGGUUGUAUUAGUCUCCUCUUUCACAUUCAAGGGCCCUUGGUUGUGAAUGGCAUCCUGUCAUAUGCUCAAGUUGCUUGAA